AGUGUCCGAAAAUAAAAUCGUUGGAAAUUUUCAAGCGUCUGAGAUAUUAACAGAACAAUGUAAAACUUCGAAGUAGUUCCAAAGUGCUAAGUUUCCUUUAUGCCGGGAUUUAUGGAGUGGACUCUAGUUGAGACACGACUUGACAUACGUAGCGGCUUGAUAGAAUUUGUGUUAUUUUCUUGUCGGUUUAUCUGUAAAACCUUGACAGUGCAGUAAAACUAACAUCUUUUGAUGUUUUUUCAGUCUAAUUCGUGUUUUGUAUCCGUAAAUUUGCGGUAGCUAAGUGUCCUAAAUUUUUGUCUGAAAUUUGUCCGAAAUGAGAUAAAAAGUGUCCGAAAAUAAAACGUCCAACAUUUUGUGCAAGUAAUGUAGGUCAUACAUUUAUCGUGAGGUUCCCAAGCUUUGUGACCUGCAAAUUUCCAUUUUCUGUGGCCUGCUGACCCAGAUGUUAGGUUAUUGAAGCCACUGACCAGUAUUCUUCAUCGUUUUAGUUAUCUUGGAGAUGGAAGGUUUCAUCUGGAAGCUGUAAUGAUUGCUAACCCGUCUAUACCAGCGUACAGGUACGAUCCAUACAGUAAAGUAUUUUCCAGAGAAUAUUACGAUAUUGAAGCCAUGUUUAAAGCUAGAAAAGAAGCCAUAAGUACCGCAUCAAAGGCCAGGAAAUUUGGACUUAUUCUCAGCACAUUAGGGAGACAAGGGAGUCCAAAGGUGUUAGAGAAUUUGGAACAGAGGUUUAUCAAGGCAGGACUUGAGUAUGUGAUUGUGUUGAUGUCUGAAAUUUUCCCGGAUAAACUUCGUUUGUUUGAAGAUGUUGAUGCAUGGGUACAGGUGGCAUGUCCACGACUGUCCAUCGAUUGGGGUUACGCUUUUCCUAAACCUCUCCUGUCACCUUACGAGGCGUCAGUUGUACUUGAA